AAUUAUAGUGAUCGAAAAAGAUUAAUCAAAAUGUUUAACGUUGUACACAGAAAGUUGUAUUGGGGUAUCACUGUCUGAAUUCAGAUGAAAAUCUCGCUGAUAUUGUACUCUCUCUGGUUGGCGUACCGCCACAGCAUAACUCUCCGGAUCGAGACGAAUAUGUAGAAAUUAAGAAAAAUAACAUUUUAACAGAUAAACUUGAUUUAUUUAAGAAAUUAAAGGACGAUGAAUGGUUGUUUCAUAAUGUGACAUAUGAUUUUGAAAGUGCAGGACACUAUGGAACUUACAAGUACACUUCAAAUGGGAAAGCUACAAUUAAAAAAAAACAUCGGGAUUAUAGCUUUUUAGGAACUCCUAAAGAAAAUGGUUUUAGUUCUAUUGAUAUUUUAAAAAUUGCAAUGCUUUAUAACUACAUUGUAAGAAACAGAGAAGCAGCAUUGCCAGAGUGUGAAAAGCUUUUCGCACCAGGAAGCAAACUAUCUAGUAGUAUUCUGGAGAAUACCGAACUUGAUUUGAAGCCUAUAGAAAAACCAAAAAGAUAUCUUAGUAAAUCCAAAACUUAUGAGGAAAAUUACAACGACGAACAAAAUGAAAUAAAUGCUAGUUCGGAAAAUAGUGACAAUAAAACAAGUGACUAUGAUGAUAAUGAUAACAACAAAAAUUAUAAAGAAAACUACAGUAGUGAAAUCAUGACUGGUGAUAAGAAUGAAAAUAAUGCUAGUUUAGAGAAUAGUGACCAUGAAACUAAUAAUUAUGAUGAUAAUGAUAACAAGAAAAAUGUAAAUGAUCACGAAAAUGUUGGUAAUAAUGAUAACAAAGACUAUGAUGAUGCAGAAGCUGAACAACAAGAGGAUAAUGGUGACGAAAUAACUGCAAGUGUUGAAAAUAACAGUACUUUGUCAAACACAACAAAUGAUAAACUUAUUGACGAUAUUGAUGCAAAAAUGUAUAAUAAUGGUGAUGAUGAUAUGGAAGAAGACAGUAUAAAUGAAGAAAAUAGCAAUGUCACGAAUGAAAGUGUCAUGAAAUCGAACGAUAAUUAUAAUGAUUUUAAAAAAUAUACAAUAUCUAACAGUAAACAUCCUUUAUCCAAAAAGAAUACUUUAACAAUACAAAAGUUAUUAGGCCAAUCUGACUAUGAAACAGGUGAUGAAGGCGACAAGAAAUAUAUUCAUGAGAAGUCGUUUUAAGACCUUGUAUUGUGCCUAGCAAUAAGGUUGUUGAUACAUAUCGCAGCUCUAACUCCCCUUGUAACGAUUUAUUAAGCUGCAGGUGUAAUAACAUUUUUUCUCUUGUACAUUUUUGAUAAAAAGCGUUUAACGUUGAACCAGUCUUCGAGUUUUUAUGCAACAUAAAUCUUGUAUUGAACAUUAAGGUUGUUAAGUAAGGUGUUGUUUCUAUAAUACUUAU